AAGCCACUGCUUCUGUAGAUUUCUCUUCAUAGCUACCAGAAAAUUAACUAUUUUUGAUAGCUUUGUUUUGCCGUUAUUUUCUAUCAUUGUGGGAUGAAGAUGGUGACCUGUUUUGCACUUGCUUUCCCCUUUUUUUCAUUUUUACAGAUCCAAAAAUGAACAGCCUUCUCCCAGUUUCUGGUUGUAAAUCAAGCUUGAAUUGGUAGUAGUAUUAGCGGUCGUUGUUAGAGCUUUUUCUCAUUUCAUUUCUUCCUCGGUUCUAGCCACUACGAGACUGAAGGUAGCUUACAUGUCUCUUCUCGUUAGCUUAUUAGUUGAUUUUUACCCAUAAGAGCUUAUUGUCUGCCUGAGCGUGCUCAGCUUGCCAAACGAUGCUGAGCCCAUGAAAAACCCUCAAAAAUCCCCACUUGACACAUCUACAGUGAGUAGUAGGUUAAGGCUGCGUCGUGAGUCCAACUUGGGUCGUCACUGUGCUCGGAGGAUGUCUGUUUCACAAGAUGAAUUUCCUCCUGCUAGCUUGGAUAACACUUUUAGUGAGAAUGAGCUCAUGAAAAACCCACCAUCGGUCCUGAAAGAAUGUGAUGUCGUUAGAAUCCAGCGAGCCUACAACCUAUCUUCAGUGGUUCUAAGGGCGCCUCUAGCCACUGAGCGGCCAACAGAUGCUCGUUGCGGCGAGAUCGUCGUUUAUGAAUCACUUUUUGCUUCAGGAUUACGAGAAUGUGUCCCCACUCUUAUUGCUACAAUGGCGACACACUUUUCUAUUUCACCUGGUCAAUUAUCACCAACUGUAUGGAGAGUGUUGAUGGCUACUCAGAAUUUUGCAGAAUUCUACAGGAUCAACAUAGGCGUCAAAGAGGUUUUGUAUGGGUACUAUUUCAUGAAACUUCCUGGGGACAUUGACCGAUACUCUUUGCACCCACGGCGCAAUUGUCCUUUAGUGAUUGAUAUUCACAUGGAUAGUAAAGACCUAAGCAAGGAUCAAUGGCGAAAAAAGUAUAUGUUUAUGACAGUUGGUCAUAGUAUGGGUUUUCCUACUACUUGGCGUCGUGCUGACGUGCGUGCCAAGAGCAAAACAGAAGGAACAGUUGGAAGGGCUGGAGCUUCUAAAAUUUUAGCGCGUCCACUUCAAUACCGUUUCGUUGAGUUUUUAACUAGUCGAUUUGGUUUGGAGGGCAGCACAAUUUGGGGGUUUGACAUGUCAAACAGUCACUGGCGUUCUGUUACUGAUGCUUAUUCGGAAUUCCUUGCAGCAUCUGGGAAACUAUUAGAGGCCAACCCAUCAAUAUCAGUUCACACCUUACCCGAUUCUGGAGAUGAGUUGCAGUGUAUAGAGGUUCCUUCUGUGGUCAAACGCAAAGCCGACGGAAAUACUGCGACAUCCUCUGCAGCUAGGCGUCCUAAAUUCAGCCAUCGUGACACAACUGUGGUGACGACGACUUCUCAGGUCGGGAAUUUGACGUGCACGGAAGCUGCGUUAGCCGCCGAGGAAUUGAAAUCAAAGAUUCUUUCUCAUAAUCUUGCAUCUUUAGUCACUGACGCUUCCACUAGUAGUGAUGAAGCUUACGCUGACCUCCUCAAGGUAAUGUCUACAUUUCCUUUUAGGUAGUGACUCGUCCAUCCUUGGACUACAAGCUGAGGCCGAAAGCUUUGAGAAAACAAAAGACUCCUUUGAGAAGGAGAUUGCGGCCCUCAAGAAGCGGAAUGAUGUCAUGAAACAUGAGCUCGACCUGUAUUUGAGUGGAGCGGCUAUCAUUGCCCGUUGGGAGGCUGCGCGAGAAUGCUUGCUAGGUGAUAACAAGAAGUGGAAGUUAGAUGACUUGGACGCACAGUAUAAGCACGUUAUGCGUAUUCAAGCACAGUUCGAAGGAAUUUCCCCUCCAGUUUUCGAAGAGUCUCUUGUUGCUAUUGAGGCUAGAGAGCCACCUGCUUCAGAGCAUGACACAUCUGAGGCUCCGUCCAUUGUUCCAUGAGUCGUCUUGACCCUUACGUUUAGUGGUUAGGUUAUUUCUUUUUGCAGCUGCUAAAUGUGAGUGUGGAGCGCUUCUUGCGGUUGCAAGUGUCACGUUGGCAUGAAAACACUUAUCUUUUGUUGUAACCAGAUGGAUUUUAGAUUACCUUAUUCUGGUCUUUGGGACGAUAGACCCUUUCUUCUUUUGAAGUUAGUUAACGAAAUUAGAUAGCAUUAGAAAAUGCUUGAUUUUCAUGUUAAAACUUUUUCUCGUCGUGCUUGACUUAGAGUCGUGCUGUUCAAAAUUUUCCAUUUUAGUACAGCUUUAUUUGUUUUCGAA